AUGGCUCAAUCCGAUGGCCAAGGUCCUACUCGGAUCUCCAUCCUCGGAGAAUCCAACAUUAUUGUUGAUCACGGUUUGUGGCUCAACUUUGUUAUUGACGAUCUGCUCCAGAAUACGCCUACAUCUACCUAUGUACUUAUCACCGACACGAAUCUUUUCAAUUCCUACGUUCCUGCCUUCCAACGUCGCUUCGAAGAGGCAUCCCAGGGAAAGGCUACGCGCCUUCUCACCUACACAAUUCCUCCCGGCGAAGCUUCCAAGAGUCGCGAUACCAAGGCUGAAAUCGAAGAUUGGAUGCUUUCCCAACAAUGCACCCGCGACACGGUUAUCAUAGCUCUGGGUGGUGGCGUAAUGGGUGAUAUGAUCGGCUAUGUUGCAGCAACCUUUAUGCGUGGUGUUCGCUUUGUUCAAGUACCCACUACCUUGCUCGCCAUGGUUGACUCUUCGAUCGGUGGAAAAACUGCUAUUGAUACACCUAUGGGCAAAAACCUUGUUGGCGCUUUCUGGCAGCCAAAACGCAUCUAUAUCGACUUGACGUUCCUCGAGACCCUGCCAGUCCGUGAGUUCAUCAAUGGCAUGGCUGAAGUGAUCAAGACUGCUGCCAUCUGGAACGAGACUGAGUUCACUGUCCUUGAAGAGUCAGCAGCUCGCAUCCUUGAAUGCGUCCGUUCAACAGGUGAUGAUCGGCUCGGCCCAAUCAGAGAUGUGCUCAAGAGGAUUGUUAUCGGCUCUGCGGGAGUCAAGGCAGAGGUCGUGUCCAGCGACGAACGAGAGGGCGGUCUUCGCAAUCUUCUCAACUUCGGCCACUCGAUCGGUCACGCCUUUGAGGCUAUCUUGACCCCCCAGCUUCUCCAUGGUGAAGCUGUCGCUAUCGGCAUGGUCAAAGAAGCAGAACUCGCACGCUUUUUGGGUGUUUUGCGCCCAGGUGCUGUCGCGAGACUCGUCAAAUGCAUUGCUAGUUAUGACCUCCCGACCUCUCUCCAAGACAAACGUGUCAUCAAAUUGACAGCUGGGAAGAAAUGCCCAGUUGAUGUUUUGUUGGAAAAAAUGGGCGUCGAUAAAAAGAAUGACGGCAAGAAGAAAAAGAUUGUCCUGUUGUCUGCUAUUGGUAAAUGCCAUGAGCCACGCGCCAGCGUUGUCGACGACAAGACUAUCCGAACCAUCUUGUCAUCGUCGAUUCAAGUAACACCAGGAGUCCCCAAAGAUUUGGACGUGACAGUGGCUCCGCCGGGUUCUAAAAGCAUUUCCAAUCGAGCUCUCGUACUAGCAGCUCUUGGUUCUGGCACUUGUCGUAUCAAGAACCUUCUCCAUUCAGAUGACACCGAAUACAUGCUCUCAGCUAUCCACCAACUCGGAGGUGCAUCUUAUUCCUGGCAAGAAGCUGGAGAAGUCCUCGUUGUAGAAGGCAGAGGUGGCAAUCUGAAGGCUAGCAAAGAACCUCUCUAUUUGGGUAAUGCCGGAACAGCAUCCCGUUUUUUGACCACCGUCGUGGCCUUGGCCUCCCCCGGACACGAUGUCAGCGCGAAUAUCCUGACAGGUAACGCUCGAAUGAAGGUCCGUCCGAUCGGUGCAUUGGUAGACGCCCUGCGUUCAAACGGCGUUGAGAUUGAGUAUCUCGGCAAAGAGAAUAGUCUACCCUUGCGAGUCGAUGCCGCUGGUGGUUUCAAAGGAGGCGAUAUCGAGCUUGCCGCGACUAUCUCCUCCCAGUAUGUCUCUUCAAUUCUCAUGGCUGCACCUUAUGCAAAGAAUCCUGUUACGUUACGUCUUGUCGGAGGCAAGCCUAUCUCUCAACCUUAUAUUGAUAUGACUCUUGCCAUGAUGGCGUCAUUCGGUAUCAAUGUCAAGGUCUCUUCCGAAGAGCCCAACACCUAUCACAUCCCUCAGGGUACCUACAAGAACCCCCCCGAGUAUACAAUUGAGAGUGACGCAAGUUCGGCGACUUAUCCUCUGGCAGUCGCCGCCAUCACCGGUACUAAAUGCACGAUCCCCAAUAUCGGCUCAAAGUCUUUACAGGGCGAUGCUCGCUUUGCCGUUGAUGUUUUGCAGCCUAUGGGUUGCUCUGUUGAGCAAUCUGACCACUCUACAACUGUUACUGGGCCAACCCCUGGUCAACUCAAAGCUCUGCCCCAUGUGGAUAUGGAACCGAUGACAGAUGCCUUCCUCACAGCGUCAGUCUUGGCUGCCGUAGCUUCUGGGACAACCCGAAUCACGGGCAUCGCCAACCAGCGGGUCAAGGAAUGCAACCGUAUCGCCGCUAUGAAAGACCAGCUUGCUAAGUUCGGUGUACAAUGCCGUGAGCUUGAAGACGGUAUUGAGGUAGUCGGAAAGGGUCAAGAUGGUGGUGUCUCGGUGCCAGAAGUUGGCAUUCAUUGUUACGAUGACCAUCGUGUCGCAAUGAGCUUCAGCGUUCUGGCAGUUGCGUCUCCGGGUCCUGUCGUCGUCACUGAGCGAGAAUGUGUCGGCAAAACAUGGCCUGGGUGGUGGGACAUCCUAUCGCAAGUUUUCAAGGUUGAUAUGGUCGGCCAUGAGUCCCAUUCUGAUAUCCAUGAUCAAGAGAGCAAAGACACCACUUUGGAACGAUCCGUUUUCAUCAUCGGGAUGCGAGGUGCGGGCAAGACCACUGCUGGUAACUGGAUGGCCAGAAUUCUAGGCUGGAAAUUCAUCGAUCUGGACCAGGAGCUCGAAAAGAGAGCGGGGUGUACCAUCCCUGAAAUGAUUAGGGGAGACCGCGGGUGGGAGGGUUUCCGCGCCGACGAACUGGCUCUUUUGCGAGACGUUAUGGAGAAGAACAAAACUGGCUAUGUCUUCUCAUGUGGCGGUGGUCUUGUGGAGACUCCCGAGGCUAGAGAUCUGCUCAAGAGUUACGGAAAGAAUGGCGGCAACGUGCUGUUGGUUCACCGUGAUACCGAGCAAGUUGUUGAAUAUCUCAACCGAGAUAAAACUCGACCAGCUUACACAAGCGAGAUCCGGCAAGUUUAUUUACGCCGCAAGGACUUUUACAACGAGUGCAGUACCCAUCUCUACUAUAGCCCGCACUCGGAAUCAUCUGGCUGUAAAACGGAGAUCCCCCACGAUUUCCAGCAGUUCGUCCAUUCAAUUGCGGGCAAGAACUCCCACUUCAAGGACGUUUUAAACAAGGAUCACAGCUUCUUUGUAUCAUUGACUGUGCCUGAUGUGAACGAAGCUGUGGAUCUUGUGCCACAGGUCGUGGUUGGCUCCGAUGCAGUCGAACUAAGGGUAGACCUCCUCCAAGAUCGUUCGGUUGACUCCGUUAUCCGACAGAUUUCUACUCUCCGGGCGUCUGCAAAGAAGCCCAUUGUCUUCACCUUGCGAACCGAGUCACAAGGGGGUAAAUUCCCCGAUCAGGCUUACGAAGAGGGUCUCGAACUCUACCGCCUGGCCUUGCGGAUGGGACUGGAGUAUAUUGAUGUCGAGAUGACUCUCCCAGACCACGUCAUCCAAAUUGUAACAGAGUCUCGUGGCUAUUCCCACAUCAUUGCCUCGCACCAUGACCCCAAGGGUACCAUGUCAUGGAAGAACGCCUCCUGGAUCCAGUUCUACAACCGUGCCUUGCAAUACGGUGAUAUUAUUAAGCUUGUCGGCAUUGCUCGUACCCCAGAGGAUAAUUUCGACCUCGCCAAGUUUAAAGCCAGGAUGCAGGAAGCACAGAAGACUCCUAUGAUUGCCAUGAACAUGGGCAAAGCAGGCAAGCUAAGUCGUGUACUCAAUCGUUUCCUAACACCUGUAUCUCACCCAGCUCUCCCUUUCAAGGCCGCGCCUGGCCAGAUGUCUGCGGCCGACAUUCGUCGAGCUUUGGCAUUACUGGGAGACUUGGACUCUUAUAACUUCUACUUGUUCGGAAAGCCAAUCGCAGCUUCGCGUUCACCUGCUCUCCAUAAUACUCUCUUCGGCCAGACCGGUCUACCCCAUGAGUAUCACCGUCUUGAAACCGACAACAUUGAGGACGUGCGUGAUGUCCUCAAGUCUCCCGAUUUUGGCGGUGCCUCAGUGACUAUCCCUCUCAAGCUGGACAUUAUGGGCCAGGUCGACGAGCUCUCGGAUGCAGCCCGCACCAUUGGGGCGGUCAAUACCGUGGUACCUUUGGGAAAACCCAAUAUCAAGGGUCACCGCCGCCUUCUAGGAGAUAAUACAGAUUGGAAGGGCAUGGUCCACGCUCUCCGCGACGCUGGCAUUGAGGAACAAGCAGGUGCAGAUAGCAAGGCAGCGGCCAUGGUGGUAGGUUCAGGAGGUACCACUCGAGCAGCCAUUUUUGCGCUUCACUCACUAGGAUUUGGUCCCAUCUACAUUGCCGCUCGUAACCAAGAAAAGGCCGAUGCACUUGUUGCCGACUUUCCACAGGAUUAUCAACUUGAAGGACUCAGCGAGGCUUCAGCUGCUGACAAAGUAUCGUCAGCCUUAGGGGUUGUCAUAAGCACGAUUCCAGCUGAUCGGCCUAUCGACGCCAGCCUUCGAGAGCUAGUUGCUGUUGUUCUCGGCAGACCAGCUACUGACGGACAAUGUCGAGUUCUUCUUGAGAUGGCAUACAAGCCAAGCCAUACCCCAAUCAUGCAGCUGGCAGAGGAUGCAGGCAACUGGACUACGAUCCCCGGGCUCGAGGUGCUUUCAUCUCAGGGAUGGUAUCAGUUCGAGUUGUGGACGGGCAUUACCCCACUGUACAAGGACGCCCGGGCAGCUGUCCUAGGCGAGUAA